AUGUCGGCGCCGCCGUCAUGGAGUUUACCUACGCCGAAGAUCAACUCAGCCCUCCCCGUGCGACCCUUCGGCCAUACAAACCCCACUCGACCCUGGAAGAUCGUCGCAGAUUACCUGAAGGAUAUCUUCGCGAAACACCCUCAUCGAGUUUCGUUCAAUACCACCGACGAACGUGUGCGAAAGAACCCCGAGACCGGAAAAUGGGACAUGACCCUCCGCCAGUCAGACCAUGCAAAGCAUUUCCGUAGCCGGGACGCGUAUGUUGACAAGUCUGUUGCUGUGGUCGGUGGCAGCGUGUCUGCUAGCGACUUCGUCCUCGACACGUACACGUCUGUCCGCGGCCCUUUGAUUGUAGCGCAGUGCGGCGAGAAUGCGAAUUCGGCGCUUGAUAAUGUAUGGAAGCUUCCUGCUGUGGGCAAGAAGCUCAUGUUCUCGCGCUUUACGUUCGACAAUGGUGGGACAGUUAAGUCCAGCGAUGGGAGUAGGGUGUCCGGUGCUGACGUCGUCGUUGUGUACUUCGCUACGGAUUACAGACUCUCAUACCCUUUCCUCGAACCCGACCCCGUCACCUCGAGGAACAGGCUGGCGGGCUUCUACCAGCACGCAUUCAACAUCGCCAACCUCUCCCUCGCUGUCGUAGGCCAGAUCCGCGCUGCCCUCUCGUUCCGCACAUACGAGUACCAAGCCGUAGUCGUUGCCCGCGCAAUCGUUGGUCGCGGCACGCUACCUGCCACAGCCGAGCAAAAAAAAAAGUGGGAAGAAGACAGAGUCAAGCGAUUGGGUCCGACACAUAUCUCCUACACCAUCGUGCCGGACUUUGAAGAGUACUUCAAUACGCUGAGAGCGAUUGCGGGACCGCCGGCUGAGAGGUCGGAAGCGUAUGAAUUGCCGAAGUGGGAGGAUGAGUGA